AUGGACUACUGCUCCUCUAACAUCUCUCUCUUGAUCCACUGUCCCCUUGAAAUGCUUCUCUUCUGGACUACAAGACUCACUAAAGGAGUUUUUUUUUUCUCCUCGCUCGUGCUCCGCUGGGCACACUGUCAUCCCGCAUUGGCUGAGGGGAACAAAGCAGAGCAUCAUGACCGGCCAAUCGGUGACAGGCACCGCAGAGCGGCCGAAGAGUCCUACUGGGCUUACUCAGGGACGUACGGACCAGAUACAGGGUGGGCGGCAACUUUUCCUGAGUGUCAGGAGAGAAACCAAUCGCCGAUCAAUAUAGCCGAUCAAGACACAAAGGUCUCGAUGGAAUACCAGGAACUCACGCUGGACGGGUUUGAUGCAGAGUCAUCCAACAAGACAUCAAUGAAGAAUACAGGCAAAACUGUGGCAAUCCUGUUGAAGGAUGAUUAUUUUGUGAGAGGAGCCGGGCUACCGGGCCGCUUCAAAGCCGAGAAGGUGGAGUUCCACUGGGGCCAGAACAAUGGUUCCGAUGGCUCGGAGCACAGCAUCAAUGGCAGGAGAUUCCCUGUGGAGAUGCAGAUCUUCAUGUAUAACUCAGACGACUUUGACAGUCUUAACACAGCCAUACGGGAGAGGCGAGUAAUUGCGGCCAUGGCUGUCUUCUUUCAGGUGGGGAUGAAGGACAAUCCUGCAGUAGAUCCGAUUAUUCAUGGACUAAGAGGAGUGGUUCAUCAUGAGAAAGAGACAUUUCUAGAGCCCUUCGUGAUUAGAGACUUGUUGCCGUCCUCUAUCGGGAGCUACUACCGUUACAUCGGCUCUCUGACCACACCGCCCUGCAGUAAAGUGGUGGAGUGGAUCAUCUUCAGUCGCCCCGUGUUCCUCUCCUACAAACAGCUGGAAGCGUUCUACUCCAUCUUCACCACAGAACAGCAGGAUCAUGUUAAAUCCGUGGAAUAUCUGCGUAACAACUUCCGCCCACUCCAGAGUCUGGACAACCGAGAGGUCUUCAAAUCCGCCGUCAAAGACGCUUGGCUGCCUGACUUGACUGACAGCCUGGGGAACCCAUACGGUACCGAGGCUUCCAAAGCAUGCAGCAGUGCCCCGAUCAACAUGAACGUCCAGCACAUGAACAAGACGGCGCUAGUCGUUCGAUGGUCCCGUCCGGAGAUCACCUACGAUCCACCCAUCAUCAGCUACCUCAUUUCCUACAGCUGGACCAGAAACGAUGAGUCAUACGAGGAGACGUAUGUCAAAGGGAGUGAUCAAAAACUGGAGGCCGUCAUCGCACCGGUGUCGUCGGAUGUGCUGUACCUGUUCCGCGUCCAGGCGGUGUGUUUGAAUGACAAGCGCAGUGACUUCAGCCAGAGCAUGCUCUUCAGAGCUAACACCACCAGGAUAUUUGAGGGCACAAGAAUAGUCAAAACUGGGAUGCCAACUGUGUCCCCAGCAUCCUCGGCAGACAUGGCUCCCAUCAGCUCCGGCUCCUCCACUUGGACGUCCUCCGGUCUUCCGUUCUCCUUCGUUUCAAUGGCAACCGGGAUUGGCCCCUCUUCCAGCGGCAGCCAAGCGACAGUGGCGUCCGUGGUGACCAGCACCCUCCUGGCGGGGUUGGGUUUCAGUGGUGGGGUCAUCUCCUCCUUCCCCAGCUCCGUCUGGCCCACCAGGCCUCCGCCCUCCACCCGCCAGGCCCCAGCCAAACCUAUGGUGACCACCACAGAACCAACCUCCUCACCGGCCUCUGACGCAGACACUACCGCAGCCGCAGAGAACGACGGAUCUGAUGACAGAGGAGAUAAGGGAGGGAAGGGUGAGGAUGAAGAAGGAGAAAAGAACGGAGAAGAGGAAGAGGAUGAUGAUAAAGGUGCCGAGAGUAAAGACGGCAGCAUUCCAGACGAUGUUGAAAAGCAGACGAAUGGCUCCUCGACAAAAGAUCCACCUACAGCAGUGCCGGAUUCGACAGCGAAAGAGAAAGGAGGACACAGGAGGGCAGAAAACACCUCAGCGCCAUCUAGUGUCCCGGAGGAUCAUGUGGAGAAAAAGACACACACAGUAAGGGAAGAGGAAGAGGAGACACAGGUGCUGGCGACCAGAGAUCCAGUGGAUGAUGAUAAUGUGACGGCAGUAAUAGAGACCCCAGACAGCACGGCUCACACCAGCAAACCCAGCAGAGGAGACCACAAACACAUGCCUCCUUUCUCUAUACUGACAGAGCGUACCGUAGUCUCCAGCAUGCACCCUGUGCCUGCUUCAGCCCGGAUGGAGUGGAUUAUUCCUCUGGUGGUGGUGUCGGUGCUCACCUUCCUCUGCCUCAUUCUGCUGCUGGCCGUCCUCGUUUACUGGAGCAGCAAGCUUAUGUCAGACUCUUUUGAAAUCAAAUGUGUGUUGAGUUUCCCAUGCACUUCUAUUUGGAUGAACAGCUUAUGUUCUCUGCUGUGCAUCAAGUACAGGAGGUGUUUCCAAACGGCUCAUUUCUACGUCGAGGACAGUAAUUCGCCCAGAGUCGUGCCCAAUGAGAGCAUCCCGGUCAUCCCCAUCCUAGAUGAUAUGGAGGCCAUCCCUGUUAAACUGUUCAUCAAGCAUGUAUCAGAACUCUACUCCAACAACCAACACGGCUUCUCAGAAGAGUUUGAGGUAAGAUCUUCACACACACACUUCACAGACGUAUCCGUCUCUAUAAUUCUUCCCUCUCAGCAAACUCCCUCAGACUUUUGUAAACACAGGUCCCGUCUCAAUGACAAUAACAAGCACAAAAACAGAUACAUCAACAUCAUAGCCUAUGACCACAGUCGAGUGAAGCUCAGGCCUCUGGCAGGAAAAGACUCUAAACACAGUGACUACAUCAAUGCCAACUAUGUGGAUGGCUACAAUAAACCCAAGGCCUACAUUGCAGCUCAGGGUCCCCUCAAGUCCACAUUCGAGGACUUCUGGCGGAUGGUGUGGGAACAAAACACCUGCAUUAUAGUCAUGAUCACUAACCUGGUGGAGAAAGGCAGAAGAAAAUGCGACCAGUACUGGCCGACAGAGAACAGUGAGGAUUACGGUAAUAUUGUGGUGACUCUGAAGAGAACCAAAGUAAUGGCGUGCUACACACUCCGCAUCUUCACUAUCAGAAACACCAAAGUAAGGAAGGGUCAGAAGGGUAACACUAAGGGCCGUCAGAGUGAAAGAACAGUUCUGCAGUAUCACUACACUCAGUGGCCGGAUAUGGGCGUCCCUGAAUACACGUUACCUGUGCUCACCUUCGUCAGGAAGUCCUCUGCCGCACAGACUCCAGAGAUGGGCCCCAUGCUUGUACACUGCAGUGCUGGCGUGGGCAGGACAGGAACUUACAUUGUGAUUGACAGCAUGCUGCAGCAGCUGAAGGAUAAAGGCUCAGUCAAUGUGCUGGGUUUCCUCAAACAUAUACGAACUCAGAGAAACUACCUGGUCCAAACGGAAGAGCAGUAUAUCUUCAUCCACGAUGCCUUGAUGGAAGCCAUUCUUGGGAAGGAAACAGAGGUGCCCUCCAGUCAGCUGCACAGUUACGUCAACAACAUCCUGACGCCGGGCCCAGGGGGCAAAACACGACUGGAAAAGCAGUUCAAGUUGGUGACUCAGUGCAAUGCACGAUUUGUGGAGUGCUUCAGUGCUCAGAAAGAAUGCAACAAGGAGAAGAACCGCAACUCUUCUGUUGUCCCAUCGGAAAGAGCACGUGUUGGUCUCGCACCAUUGCCUGGGAUGAAAGGCACUGAUUACAUCAAUGCAUCUUAUAUAAUGGGCUACUACCGGAGCAAUGAGUUCAUCAUUACCCAGCAUCCCUUGCCUCACACCACUAAAGAUUUCUGGAGGAUGAUCUGGGACCAUAACGCUCAAAUCAUCGUCAUGUUACCAGACAACCAGAGCCUGGCGGAGGAUGAGUUUGUGUAUUGGCCGAGUCGAGAGGAAGCCAUGAACUGUGAGGCAUUUACAGUCACCCUUAUCAGUAAAGACAGACUCUGCCUCUCCAAUGAGGAGCAAAUCAUCAUACAUGACUUCAUCCUGGAGGCCACACAGGAUGAUUAUGUUUUAGAAGUUCGUCAUUUUCAAUGCCCAAAAUGGCCAAACCCUGAUGCUCCCAUUAGCAGCACCUUUGAGCUCAUCAAUGUCAUUAAAGAAGAGGCCAUGACCAGAGAUGGACCCACUAUAGUGCAUGAUGAGUUUGGUGCAGUGUCUGCUGGGAUGUUAUGUGCUCUCACCACACUGUCACAGCAGCUGGAGAGUGAAGGAGCUGUGGGGGUCUACCAAGUGGCCAAGAUGAUCAACCUCAUGAGACCAGGCGUCUUUACCGACAUUGAACAGUACCAGUACCUUUACAAAGCUAUGCUCAGCCUGAUAAGCACUAAAGAGAACGGAUCCAGCCCCAUGUUCCUGGACAGAAACGGCAGCGUGGCCAUGUCUGAUGAAUCGGACCUGGCUGAAAGCAUGGAGUCCCUCGUCUAAAGCCCACGAACAGGCACGAAGAGGCACUUAAUCUAACUUUGUAAAACUUCAAGGACUAAGGCAGACUUUUUCUGAGGCCUUUUUUGCCAGAACUCUUGGUUAAAAGAAUAACCUGAUUACUUUUUUACACUGAUAAAAAGUUUUUGAUAUUUAUUUUUUCGCCAUUUUAUGUCUUAAUGUUAUCCUACUGAACAUUUGCACCGACGUUUUUGAGUUCACGACAAACAAAACCAGUUCUGUCUAGUUUGCACUAUGAAAAUAUCAGUGUUACUGCCUACUCCACCAUCUAGACCACAGUCAGUCUCUCUCACUCACUUGAAUUCUCACUGUCAAGCCCUUAUUUUGACAUUCCAUAAUAAAGCUGCUCUCCGAAGCUUUAGAGAUAUCCGCCACAAACGAAAAACGGUUUCCCACGCACACCUCAGAUGCUGGAAAAAGAGAUUAUUCCCAUGUCCAACUUGCGAAGACCCACCACAAAACGUCAGAUUCACCGAUGAAAGACCAUAUGAACAAUAUGGAGUAUGUUAGUUUUGAUUUUUGUUCGCUUUUGAUCAUUUCGCGCACCCCAAAUAGUAUAUUUACUCAUUAUGCUUCUAGUUAAACCCAUAUUUACUUUCAAAAGGUGGUAUUAAAACAGCUACUGUGAACUUUUGUAUGAUUCAUAUUCUGCUUUUAAUAUAUAUGAAUAUAUCGUAUAUCAUGAUAACUUGUGCUUUUGUCAGUGUUAACUGUCUCUUCGAGCAGCCGUCACAGUCUCUGCUUUCGGUUGAAGGAUCCGCAGAGCCCGUGACUUCUCUAGCACCCCCUGCUGGUUUGAUUUCUCCAUUGCUUUAUGCUGCAAGCUGCUACUUUUUUCACUUGAGUGCAACUGAACGUGUAAUGACAUCAUGCGACUCAUAAUGUAGGAGUUAAUUCUGUUAUUUGCCCACUUCAUUUUGUAAUUCUAUACUGCUCUAUUUCGUCCUGGGUUUUUUUAAUAGUUCACUGACAUAAGCCGUCCCAUAACUUUGAGAAUAAUGUAUACAAGUCUCUCGAUGCCUUCUGUACAGUCUCAUUUCACCUCGGCAAGUGUGUGUAUGUGUGUGAUAUAGGUGUGUGUUGUGUUUGGUAUUGACUGGUUUUACUAGAAACUUGUAGACUCAGUCCAAGCAUUUCUUCACUAAACUGACCUCUUUUAAUGUCUCUCAUUUCUUGUGAUUCUCAGACACUGCUAGGGAAAAAUAGUUACUGUAAUUUCAUAAACGGUUGUCUCAUGCCAUACAGCACAAAGGCCUUGCUAACAAAACAUUAGAAUCAGUCUUAUCGCUUCAAAAACUGGGGACCCGUGAUUCAUAAAUUUUUACCAAAGACUACAACUGUCGUUCACGUCAGUCAUGAAACGUGAGAACAUUUUUAUUUUUACUAUUUGGUAAAGCAGUUUUAAGAAGAAUGUUUUUGGUAGUGACUGGAAAAACAAUGUUGAAAAUGUCAAUGUUUUUGUUU